AUGCAAGUGGGCCAUGCCUUCAGGUCCCCUCCCAGUCCCCAUGUGACUGCCUUGCGACUUGCAGUGGCGCCUUCGGGGCGCUGCCGCCUAUGCGGAGCAACAGCGACUGGAGCAGCGAGCUUGGCCCUGGUAGGUGUCGGAGCCUGCGCAGCCCGAAGAGCUUCGAGGCUGCCGCGCUCGGCCAUCCAGGCUCAGGAGACAAAACACGCCCGCGCAGUCCGAAAGUGGCUGGAGGACGUCGUCAUUGGCUUCGGCUUCUGCCCAUGGGCAGCGCCCGCUGACAUACGAGUGGUCACCAGCAAGUCUUCGACAGCCAAUGAGGUCCUGGCGGACUUGGCAGAGGAGGCUGAGGAGCUUUGGCAACCAGGCUCCGCUGGUUCCAAGACGACCCUCGUGGUCUGCCCCAACGUCAAGGCCUGGAAUCAAGAUUUCCGGCACUUCCAUGCGUUCUACACCUGGCAUCUGGACGGUGGCUUUGCGAUGGCAGAGCCCAUGGGGGUGAAAGUUGUCCCCUUCCACCCGACGUUCGCCCUGGCGCGUACGCCGCCGAAGAACGGCGACACGAUUUACGUGCCGGGCCCCGAUGGUCAGAAUGCCAAAGCUUUGGUGAUGGACCAGGAUGUGGGGAAGGACGAGGCCGGGGAGUUCUGCAUGGCCGUGCAGUUCGAAACCGGGGAGCAGGGCUUGAUCCGCCAUGCCUGCGUUAUGGCAAAGGCCAGUGAGGACUGCACAGAUCAAGACUUGUCUGACAACUUCACCUCACGGGCGCCGCGCCCCGUGCUUCACUUGCUGAGAAUUCCCGACUUGGAGAAAGCCGAGCGCGAGUCGAACCAGAGGGGCGACUCCACAGGUUCCACGGCGGCCAGCCCUGACCCGCGCGGUGAGAUCGAAGAGCUCAUCAGCCCAACCCAGGAUGUGGUUGACCGCAACAUCACGACGGCGCAGUCGUUGGGACCCAUCCGACUGGCGGAGCUUCUGGAGCGCUGCGGAUAG